AUGGCCGUGAUUCUUCUCAUUUUUAUUGCAACUUCAUUGUUUCUUGUAUCAGUGGCUGCAAAUGAACAGAAGACGUCUUUUGAAUUGUGUAAAGUAUUACCAGUUGGAGAAAAUCUUGAAUCAGAAUUUCGACUGAAGGCUUCUGAGAAAGGUGUGAGAGUAGUUUACUUGAAUUUAAAAAUCGGUAACAACAGCUACAACCCACUGGACUUGCCAGACGAGUUUCUUCCCGACAGAUGGGUGUGGGCUCGGUCAAAUAAUGAGCCCAUGCUGUCUUUGCCGUUCGAUUUCGAUAUUUUAUCCCUUGGACUUCUGAAUUAUCAAGUUGGAAGCAUGACAGUGUCACUGAGAGAUGAACCUAGUGGAUGCCUUGCGGGAUUAAACUCAACAUGCCAGAACAUGGCCGUGGGAAGAGCACUGUUGGAUAAUGUAACAAGUGAAAGCCGCGGCAAGACAGGGGUGGUCUGUAUUGCAAUGAUAGACAUUGAUUCGAUAAACUAUCAUUGCUGCGGUCCUGAUGUCUCAAGUAUUCACUGUGAUCUUUCUACAGUGGGCAGCAGAUGGUUGCAAGCGAUAAAAGCCUUUCUGUAUUGUUUGUCUUUUGUUGUGUUUUUGUAUUGCCCGGCACUUCUUCUGCUAUUGCCUGACAGUAUUUUUAAUCUUCAGAAUGAACAUGACAAGGAAGAUGUCUUUGAAAACCAACUGGAAAACGAAUUACCUAACCAAGAACAAACCGGGUCAGAUGAUUCUGGCAUAAGAGAUGGAUAUGAGAGAAUUCAAAACGAGGAAGAGAACAGACUGUCAUGCAACACCGAGGAAAUUCCUGUAGAUGACCCGAGUCCGGUUACUUGUUCAACGUUUUUACUUGGAUGUGUGCAGCUUCUGCCUGAUUUAAAGAUGUCGUUUAACUUAAAGUUGGCGGUUUUAAUGUUUUUCAUUUUUCCAUUUUCUUUUUAUUUUAAUCUGGCAUUAUUUUUUGCCCUAAAGCCAAAAUAUAUCAAUGAACGCUUAAAGCAGCCCAUUUCCAAAAGUCCAGAAUUUUCAGCGCUCUCUCUUGGUAUGAUGUCACCGAGCACAGUCUUGGUCUUUACCGUUUUAAUACUACCAUGUUGGACAACAGUUUUGCUUUUAAAACCGAAGGAUUUGUUCCUGACUGAUUGUCGCCUAUGUAAUAGAGUAUACUUACAUUCUGUUAGUAUUGGAAAAGAAACCCUUUAUCAUUUAAAAUUGUUCCCGGAAGAGGGGUACAUUCGUUUGUUAGCUUAUCGUUACCUGUACAAAAGAGGCCUAAAAAAACUUGCCUGCUACUCAAAGAAAAAUUAUAGGGGAUCAUGAGUGAGGCGAGCUCUGUUCAGUUUGUGGCUUAUAUUUCCAAUUUUAUUCACGCUAUUCCUUUGCCUUGUUUGGGGAGUAAUCUGUUUGCUUCGUCUUUUAGUUUCAGUAAUUUUUUUGGCUUUUAAGUUAUCACCCGCAAUGACCUUGCUUCGUUGCAUCUCUAUGAAAAUUUUGACAAAGAUCUCUAGCGUAAGGGAUAGAAUUAGCGGCAUGUGGUUUAUCCUUUGCCGGUUUCUCUUUAUUCCGUUGUUUAUAUAUCUGCUGUUUGUAGGAAUAUUUCUGUUAUAUGGAGUAAUGACAUUAUGUACCUUUUUUGCCGGAAUAUUAGGAUUCACAACAAUGGGAUUAGCUCUAAACGCAGAAAUUGUAACUCCUUAUGUAUCUUUCCUUGUGGUUGUCACAACAAACGUCUAUUUUUGUUAUGGUAAUUUGCAGAGUUUAAUGUACCUUCAAUUUCUUAAAUAG